AUGUCAGGACAGAGAGAGAAUGGUUUACACAAAAACAAUUUUGGUUACCGACAUCACAAGGACGACGAUUCGUCAAGGCAAGUGGAUUCUUUAUCCAGAUUCCAACCUGAAAAAACUCGCUGUUUUCUAAAUGAACCCAAACGGCAGUUUAAAAUUACUCUUGCAAAUCAUGGUCCUCUAGAUUCAGGAUGCAACGCAAAGCGAAUUCUAUAUAGAAGCUUGAUCGAAACCCUGGUGUUUAAUACCACUGAUGUAGUGAAUGCAGAACUGCUGCUCUGGAAAGAACCUCAUUUGCGAAUGAUCGAGUCAUAUAGAGAAAAGUUCAAGGCAAGACUCACGCUAUCUUUUUUAAGCGAUUCUAUUGGGUUUUAUCUUGAGCUUAUUCGAAAACUUCAAGAAAGAGCACAGUUAAAGAUCGUGCACCAAACAGUGAUACCAAAACUAGAACUGUGUAUGGAAUUCUUUCUUGAAUUGUAUCGUGUUUUGGAUUUUGGAUUUUCAAAAGAUCCGUGUCAUCGUCAUCCAUCAGAAAAAUGGCCGAUUGAAGACAGUCAGACUAUUCUUGUGAUUCAUCGAUGUCUUGUUCGACUCGGGGAUUUAGCUAGGUAUAGAGAUCUUCAUUCUGGACGCAGUCACAAGGAAGCCAAAUGCGAACUGGCCAAGCGAUUCUACCAGAUUGCCCUAGAUUUAUUGCCAGAAAAUGGUCAUCCAUACAACCAGCUAUCUGUAGUAGCCAGCAAUUGCGAGACUGACUAUUUGGGAUCACUUGAGCUUUCAUUUCGGAGUAUUGUCAUCAAAACACCAUAUGCUAUUGCGCUUAGCAACAUCCGUGCUACAUGUGAGGGCGGACUAGCCAAAGUCCAGCAGGGAUGCUCUAAACCCAACUCAUUGCCACCAACAUUUGCAUCUGAAUUCAAGGCACAUAUUGGACAUUUGCUAAACAAGACUCCAAGUGCACUGCGGAGAAGACUGAACAUAUCAUCAGAUGACAUCAAAAGUAUUUUGAUUAUAUCUCUUGGCACACUGUAUAUCUGUGAAACCCCGCAUCUUUUUGGCUCCGAAACACACCCACCCUCUACACGGUCAUCCAAAGCAAACAUGGAUCAAAGUGCCCAAAUGGUGUCUGGCAUGCUGAGUUUUAUAUGGAAACUGUUUACUGUAGUGUUUGAACAUGCAUCGGAAAAGUUUGCGCAUCAACUUCAAAACCAUGUUUUAUGGGAUUCAAAACAACAUGGCACAGGACCUGAUGCGCUCGACUUUUUGGAACCAUUUCUUUUACAUAUUAAACUGGCACUUACGUUUCUUGUGAAACGGAUUUCAGCCAAUGAAGCGACUCAUCCAUCUACUCCUACUGAUUGGAAAUCCGUGGCAGAUAUAUGUACGACUGUAUCUAAAGCUUUUGGCAUGCUCGAAAACUGUUCAGUGGAUGAUAUUGCAAUACUGGCCAAGUUUAAUCUAAAAGAAGACAUAGAUUGGCAAAAUUUUCUUGUUUUGCAAACCAUGGAAGCACCUCCAAUUUCUGUUUUCAAUGAUGAACUAUCGGAGCAUAAGAUGAUUCAAAUCCGUAUGGCAAAAAUCCUUGCUCUAGCAACUCAACUCUGUACUCUUCAACCAUUGCAUCUGGUUUCAUUGAUACAGCCAGUCAAAGGACAUUCAAUUUUAGUAUUCAGCGUCGCCUCUACACGAUCAAAUGCCAUUCAACUUCAAGAUAUGAGCUUACAUGAACCUUGGGAUUUUACUUUGGAUCAGCAAUCUAAUUUAACCACACCUCUUGGGUCAAAUCAUUCGGUGAAUCUUCACUAUCAUACCUCGCAUCAAUCCGAUAUACCCAAUAUUUGGAAACGACCCACUCACAGUGUAUUACCACAUGAUGAGGUGUUUAUGAAACGGCCAUUAGGAGUUUCACCGAUCGGAUCUACAGAUUAUGUAGUGUCAGAUCAUUCAGCAUUGCCUAUUCGAUCCGAUCCAAUGACAAAGCAUUCUGAACAGUGUGCAAUGUCUACAAUAUGGCCAACAGAGGCGAUAUCGCCUACACGAUUGGACACGAUUGGGCAACCAACGACACUACCAAGAAACCGAUUGUCCUGCGAUGCUAUAGACCAGCAUCAAUCUGGGGAUGAUCUUUUUGAUGACAUUGAUCGAGAGGUCAAUGCUCUUGGAUACCUCGAUCUUGAACAUUCCAAUAUAGGUCAAGGAUAUGGAACACGUCAACGUUUUGCAAGUGAUUUUGGGUUAAAAGAGGGAACGAUUUCAACGGAAGCAGACAUGAAUCGACCCAUCUAUGAAGGAUUGAGUCAUUUAACGACUUCUGAACGUUGCCGAACUCUGUCCAUCAAUACAACGGACACGCUGGAUAUUGGACCAAGUUUAUCUGAUGAAUUCCGAUCACAAGCAUUUGCUCCAGCACAACGACACACAGUAGGUGAAUGCGCUCCAACUCAAUCACUCUGGACAUCACAAGAGAAUCAAACGUAUGGAUUUCCAGUUGAUGGAAAACGAGAGUUUACAUUGAACAAUGGAUUAAGAACAGCACAAGAUUAUGACAAAUUCCGAGCAGGACAAAUCAGUUGGAUGUCAGUAGUUGAUAACCAGCCAAAGUAG